AUGCGAGCGAGAUUUUGCCGACCUCCGAAAGUCGGAGAUGGCAUCGACGGCUAUUACUCAAGAUCAUGUCGGCACCACCACCCCCUGCGCCGUCGUCCCAGAAGAGACCUGAGGCCCCACACCAUCACCAGCAGCAGCCAGAGGAGCCUCAUCCCCCCGCCCCCGUCCCCCACCGCCGACCAACUCGACCAAGUCAAACAAGCCAUCGUCGCCCUCCUUGACCAGCCGGGCUACGAUGACGGCAGCGCGGGGCCCGUCCUGGUCCGCCUCGCGUGGCACAGCGCCGGCACGUAUUGCGCGGAGACCGACACGGGCGGCUCCAACGGCGCGGGCAUGCGCUACGAGAAGGAGGGCGGCGACCCGGCCAACGCGGGGCUGCAGCACGCGCGCGCCUUCCUGGAGCCCGUCAAGCGCCGCUUCCCCUGGAUCACCUACGCCGACCUGUGGACGCUGGCCGGCGUCGUGGCCAUCCGCGCCAUGGGCGGGCCCGAGAUCGCCUGGCGGGGCGGCCGCACCGACUUCGCGGACGACACCCGCGUGGCCCCCCGGGGCCGCCUGCCCGACGGCGCCCGCAGCGACGGCGACCACCUGCGCGCCGUCUUCUACCGCAUGGGCUUCACCGACCGCGAGAUCGUCUGCCUCAGCGGCGCCCACAGCCUGGGCCGCUGCCACGCCGACCGCUCGGGCUUCCAGGGCAAAUGGGUCAACAACCCCACGCGCUUCAGCAACACGUACUUCCGCCUGCUGCGCCUGCACGACUGGAAGAAGACGACCCUGCCCAGCGGCGUGGUGCAGUACGUCUACGUGGAUCACGACGACGACGACAAUACCGCCGAGCACGAGGAGCACGAGGAGCAAGAGGAACUGAUGAUGCUCCCCUCCGACAUGGCGCUGCUCGCGGACGCCCGCUUCCGCGUCUGGGUCGACCGCUACGCCGACGACCGGGAGCUGUUCUUCGCCGACUUCGCCGCCGUCUUUGCCAGGCUGCUCGAGCUGGGCAUCCACCGUGACCCCGUGUCCGGCGCCGUGCUGAACGACGAGAACGUCCGGGCCGGGUACCGCAGUGCUCCGAAGAAGAGUGAUGACGUUCCCACAGCAGCAGUUAAACAAGACAGGCGGAUGAAACAAGGAGAGGCCAGGACGUCUAAGUUGUGA